AUGGAGUCUGGUACAGAGGAGAUUCCGGUUAAAGUUGCAGUGCGGAUCAGGCCUCUGCUUUCCAAGGAAGUUCUUCAUAACCAUCAAGUGUGUGUGAGGCUAGUCCCAAAUACACAACAAAUUAUCAUCGGAAAAGAUCGUGCCUUCACUUUUGAUUUUGUGUUUGGCAAAAAUUCAACCCAAGAAGAAGUAUAUGCAACUUGCAUUAAGCCUCUAGUAGUAUCUUUGACUGAGGGUUAUAAUGCUACAGUAUUUGCCUACGGACAGACAGGUUCUGGGAAGACUUACACCAUUGGAGGAGGUCACAUUGCAUCAAUUGCAGAGAAUGAAAAAGGCAUAAUCCCACGAGCUAUUCAGGAGUUAUUUCAACAUAUCUCUGAAAACGAAAACAUUGAUUUCAGUGUGAAAGUAUCAUAUAUAGAGGUUUACAAGGAAGAACUUCGAGAUUUAUUGGAGUUGGAGACCUCUGUAAAAGAUUUACAUAUCCGAGAAGAUGAAAAGGGAAAUACAGUUAUUGUUGGAGCCAAAGAAUACCAAGUUGAAUGUGCAGAUGAAGUGAUCAGCCUAUUGGAAGGUGGCAAUGCAGCUCGUCACACAGGUACAACACAGAUGAAUGAGCACUCCAGUCGAUCUCAUGCCAUUUUUACCAUCAGCAUUUGUCAGAAACAAUCUGCAGAGUCUCAAAAAAUUACCGAUGCUGCACAAGAUUCAUCUUGGAAAUCAGUCCAGAUGAUUGCUUCGAAGUUCCACUUUGUAGAUUUGGCAGGAUCAGAGCGUGUAACAAAGACUGGAAAUACUGGUGAGCGAUUCAAAGAAUCCAUUCAGAUUAAUAGUGGUUUGUUAGCCUUGGGAAAUGUCAUCAGUGCACUUGGAGAUCCAAAGAGAAAAGGUGCACAUAUUCCAUACAGGGAUGCUAAAAUCACCCGAAUUCUGAAAGACUCCCUAGGAGGAAAUGCCAAGACUGUCAUGAUAACAUGUAUAAGUCCAUCUUCAUCAGAUUUUGACGAGUCUUUGAAUUCUCUCAAAUAUGCCAACAGAGCCAAAAAUAUUAGAAAUAAACCAGUUGUAAACUACAACCCUGAUCAAGACCGAAUUGAUGAAAUGGAACUUGAAAUCAAAUUACUUCGAGAAGCUUUGCAGAAUCAGCAAGUUUGUAGUCUUGCUAAUCAGAGUUCACACGACUUGAAUCAAGAAAGGACUCGAAUAAGUUCACUUGAAGAGCGGCUCAGCCAGCUUCAGGCCGAGUGCUUCCGUUACAGAAAUUGCAUAGAUGCAGUCUUCCCAUUCCUCGUUGGUUUGAAGAAUGAUGCCAGCUUAAAAAGAAGUCAGCAGGACAGGUUGCAGAGCUGGAUCACCAUGGUAGAGCAAGUAAGGAAGGAAGCACUUGCCGUGCCGCAGGUUGAUACUGGGCCUGGGACCAACCACGAAGAGCCACACCAUGUCACAAUACUUCAGCUAAAGAGAGAGCUAAAGAAGUGCCAGCAGGCUCUAGUUAUGGAUGAAGAAGUAUUUAGCCAGAAGGAUCAGGAGCUGAGGGUAUUGCAGAAUCAAAUAAAAACAUUGAUACAGGAAAAUGAGGAACAACUGGAUUCUUUAAAGCAAGCUCAAGAAACAAACAAAUUACAGAAUGAGAAAAUUGUAGAACAGCAAAUACUUAUUGAUCAGCUAAAACAAAAAUUGGAGAAGUUUAUGACUAUGAAAAGCUCUGACUUCCCGAGUGCUUGUGGAGAUGGGCCCUCUGCCCCAACAUCUGCGAGGAGACCAUACAGCGUCCCGCUCACGAGGAGCCUGCUGCGCUCCCUUCACCCACCUUCAGGCACAGAGGCACGAAAGGCAUACAGCAGCCCCCCUGCAGCCUCGCUGGCCCGGGUGCUGGCAGGAUUCCGCGCUCGCAGCCAGAUGAUGCUGAGCUACAUUGAAGAUCAGGAUGAAGUACUCCCCUGUCAUCUGUCUGAUCAUAGUGAUGGAGAGGAAGGAAAGACAGAGAGAGAAAAGAAAACCCCAAUUAAGCGUGCUAUAAACCGUACGUGGACACGAAAACAGGCUUCUCUGUGCUUUCCCCUUAACCUAAGUGAUACGAAGUGCCAAGUAGAGAAGUCUAGUUUUUACAACAAACCUGCAUUAACAAUUGACACGAUCACAGGUGAAGAGAUAGACAGCCUCCGGAAGAGUCAUGUUUUUAACAUGCAAAAGCUAAAGGUUUCAGAAUUGAGACUCACAGAGGCCAAGCAAAAAAUGAGAGAACUUGCACUUAACAUCAAAAUGAAGGAGGAACUUAUUAAGGAACUAGUAAAAACAGGUAAGGAUGCUCAGUCUGUAAGCAGGCAAUAUUCUUUGAAAAUAGCAAAACUGGAGCAAGAAUCUGAGCAGGCCAAAAUGGAACUUGCUGAAACACAAAAGCAGCUUCAGGAAUUGGAGAGUAAGGAGCUGAGAGGCAUUGCUGAGAAAGCUAAGUUGCAGAAGGAGUUUCGGAAGAAAAUGGAUGCAGCUAAGUUGAAAGUGCAGACCUUACAGAAGAAGAAGCAGGACACCAAAACGCUGGUUUCACUAUCUAACCAAAGUGAGAGGCGAGCAACAGAACUUGAGCAGAAUGUGGCUCAGAUGAAGCAUCAGCAGACUCAGCUACAGAAAAGAUUGCGUGAGGAAACUGAAAAAAAGAAGGUCCUAGAGGCAGAAAUUCAGCGGGACCAACAACAAAUUAAAGACCUUCAGCUGAAGAUGGAGCAGCAACAGAAGAUUCUUAAACUUAAAGAUGAAGAGAUCGCAGCAUUUAAAAAGAAGAAAAAUACCUCGGCAGGAACUUUACAGAAGCUACAGAAAUUAGAAGAUCAAAAGAAAUGGCUGGAUGAAGAAAUGGAAAGAAUUCUUCAGCAGCACCAACAGUUAACAGAACUAGAAGAAGAUUUAAAGAAAAGAGAAGCCAUUGUAACCAAGAAGGAAGCAUUAUUACAAGAGAAAAGCCAGCUUGAAAUCAAGAAAUUAAGAUCUAGCCAGGCUUUAAACAAAGAUAGUGUGAAAUUAUCUACUCGAUUAAGUAUGCUGGAUCAAGAACUGAGUGAUAAAGGUAUGCAGCUUCAGGACAGCACUACUGAAGAUAAGGAAGACAUUUUGGAAAAAAUUCAGGUUUUACAGAAGGAAAGAGACCAGCUGCUCAGGAGAAGAAACAGUGUCGAUGAGAAGCUGAAAGAUGGUAAAGUGUUAUCAGCUGAAGAAGAGCAUGUUCUUUUCCAGCUGGAAGAAGGAAUUGAAGCCUUGGAGGCUGCCAUUGAUUACAAGAAUGAAAGUAUUCAGAGUCGCCAGCACUUACUCAGGUCCUCUUCUCAGAUUCUCUCACAGAGCGAGGAUAACAUAAUAGGAAAGCUAGCUCCCCUGUCUGCUGCUGAGCUCAGAGCUAUCCUAUUGAAAUAUUUCAACAAGAUUGUUGGCCUACGUGAGUCUGAACGUAAAUUACAACUGCAGACUGAAGAGCAAGAAAUGAAAGUCAUUGAUCAAGAGAAUGCAAUACGGGAAUUAGAAUCUGCACUUGAACACAUUAAGCUACAGUGUGACAGGCAAUUGACCCUACAACACAAAGAACACGAGCAAAAGCUACAGUUAAUACUGCAUCAUUUCAAAGAACAAGACGGUGAAGGUAUUGCAGAAACCUUGAAAGGGUACGAAGUGAAAGUCCAACAACUAGAAAAAGACUUAUUUUUCUAUAAGAAAACCAGCAGAGACCUGAAGAAGAAAUUGAAGGAGCUCACUGGAGAUUCAUCCCAUGAAUUAUUGGCACCCACUAAAUAUGAUGGUGUUGAUAACAAAGCACCCAGCCAAGAAGAAGCAGAAGUUGUUUCUGAAGAGUUCAAGUGGGCCAGUAGUCAACUAGGGAAAAUAAAAGAAACAGACAGAACAAAUGCUCCACGAACACAGCUGAAUUCAUGCAAGCUUGGAGAUCUUUCAGAAGCUGGAUGUAACAAAAUGUGUUCAUCAAGCAGCAGUGAUGUCAAAACAGGACCAGAUGAAGCACAGCAUUCAAAAUCUCGUCCUCACCUUUCUGUCAACCCGAGGAGAGAGACUGUAACACAGUUUCAAGGAGUUACUCCAGUAAAACUGUCUCGCCGAGAGCUACGUCAUAUCCCUCCUUCUGAAUUAUCUUUGAGGCGCUCGGGACUUGGAGUUGGUGUCAGUUCUAUUGCUCCAGACUCAAUUGAAAUGGAGAAAAAGUCCUAA